GGUUGGGGAGCGUGCUCCUGGGAGCCUGGCGGGCGCUCGGGCAGCCUACGCCGCGGCGGCGGCUCAUUUGCAUGGAGAGCCCGGGAGAGCCAAUGGGGAAGCGGGCCGGGCAUGCCGGGAGCCGGGCUGGGCAGUGAAGGCAGAAGGUUCGCCGGCCCCCGGGCGGCCCCGGCCAGUGUGCGGGCGCAGCGCUGAGCGUCGGGACCCGGGAGCCGGCGGCGGCGGCGGGGGCGAUGCGCUAGGAUCGGGGCCCUGGAGCCGGGGCCGCCCUGACCGAGCAGCCUUCCCCCUGCUUCCCAGCGGGGCCCGGGCCGCGGGGCCGGGGCCCGAGAAAAUGAAUUACCUGAACGUACUGGCCAAAGCGCUCUACGACAAUGUGGCCGAAUCCCCCGACGAGCUGUCGUUCCGCAAGGGUGACAUCAUGACGGUUUUGGAGCGCAACACGCAAGGGCUGGACGGCUGGUGGCUCUGCUCCCUGCACGGGCGCCAGGGCAUCGUCCCAGGCAACCGGCUCAAGAUCCUGGUGGGCAUGUACGACAAGAAGCAGAGUGGGCCGGGCCAGGGGCAACCCCAGCCCCAGCCAGCCCUGCCCUGCCACCCCCAGGGCCUGUACAAUGUGCUCUCCCCAGCCUCCCAAUAUGCCCCCAUGCAUCCUGCCUACCAGACCCAAGGAGAUAGUGUCUACCUGAUCCCGGGCUCCAACAAGGCCCAGCAGGGUGUCUACCAGGUCCCUCCUCCGGCCAAGCAGCCCCUGAUGUACCAGAAGCAAACACCUCAUCACCAGUUCCAGAGCCCGGCCCAGGAAAUCUACCAAGUGCCCCCCUCGCUCAAUCCCACACUGGACGUGUGCCAGGUGCCCCCCGGGCCUGUGAGCCCUCCUCAGGAUAUCUACCAAGUGCCCCCGUCAGCCGGGAUGGGACAAGACAUCUACCGGGUCCCCCCAUCCAUGGAUGUGCGGAGCUGGGAAGGGACAAAACCACCUACAAAGGUGGUGGUGCCCACAAGGGUUGGGCAGGCCUACGUCUAUGAGUCACCCAAGCCAGAGCAGGAUGAGUACGACAUUCCCAGGCAUCUGUUGUCUUCAGGGCCCCAGGAAAUCUACGACGUACCCCCUGUCAGGGGGCUGCUCCCCAGCCAGUAUAGCCAAGAGGUGUAUGACACUCCCCCCAUGGCCGUCAAGGGCCCCACCAGCCGUGACCCCUCUCUGGACAUCUACGACGUGCCCCCCAGCGUGGAGAAAAGCCUGCAGCUGCCCAACCAGCACACGGUCUAUGACAUUCCCCCAUCUGUGAGCAAGGAUGUGCCCGAUGGGCCCUUGCGGGAAGAAACCUACGACGUGCCCCCUGCCUUCCUGAAACCCAAGCCCUUCGACCCUGCCCGGCACCCGCUGAUCCUGGCGCCCUCACCCAUCCCCUCCACAGACCCCUACCCGGCCGACGACGUCUACGACGUCCCCCCACCCGCCGGCAAGGGGACACCUGCCACGGCCCCACCCCAGGAGAUCUAUGACGUGCCUCCGGGCCUGCGCAAGCUGGGACCUGGCCCCCCGGGCUCCGUGUAUGACGUUCCUCGGGACCUGGCCAGCAGCCGGGCUGCUUCUCUGGAGGCCGACGGGGAGAGCGUGUACGAUAUACCGCCGCAGGCCGACCGCGAAGCCCGGGCCGACGGCAAGCGUCUGUCGGCCUCGAGCACGGGCAGCACCCGCAGCAACCUGUCCUCCUCUUCCCUGGAUGUGGUCCCGGUGAAGGAAGCGGCGGUGGGCAGGGAGCUGCUGCCUAUGGACCUGGAUGCCGCCAUGGAGAUGCUAGCCAAGCUGCAGCACGGCGUGAGCGCGGCCGUGGCCCACCUCAUGUCCUUCGUCAGUGGCAGUGGCUGGCGGGACCCCGAGCUGCUGGAGCCCCAGAUUCCCAGCCUGCAAGCCGCUGUGGGGGAGGUGAAGGGCACCGUCCGGGAACUGCUGGAGUUUGCCCGCGGGGCUGUGGGCAAUGCCACCCACUCCACGGACCGUGCCCUUCACGCUAAACUCAGCAAACAGCUUCAGAAGAUGGAAGACGCCUACCAGACGCUGCUGGCACACAGCCAGGCCUUGGACGGCUGCCACUGGGCCCUGAGCUCCUUGGUGGUGGGGGGCCAGCCCCCAGGAGCCCCCGACAACCUGGACCGCUUUGUCACGUGCUCCCGGGGCAUCCCUGAUGACACAAAGCAGCUGGCUUCUUUCUUGCACGGCAAUGCUUCGCUGCUCUUUAAAAGGACAAAGCCGUCCAAUGGGGGGGCAGGCCCCGAGGUGGGCAGCCAGCCCGCCCCACCCCCUGGCACCGGCACCCCCUCGGACAAGGCAAGCAGCAUACAGUCGAGGCCUCUGCCCUCCCCUCCCAAAUUCACUGCCCAGGACUCGCCAGACGGGCAGUACGAGAACAGUGAGGCCGGCUGGAUGGAGGACUAUGACUACGUUCACUUGCAGGGAAAGGAAGAAUUUGAGAAAACCCAGAAGGAGUUAUUAGAGAAGGGCAACAUCAUUCGGCAGGGGAAGGGUCAGCUGGAGCAGCAGCAGCUGAAGCAGUUCGAGCGGCUCGAGCAGGAGGUGUCCCGGCCCAUCGAGCAUGACCUCUCCAACUGGACCCCCUCCCAGCCCCUGGCCCCAGGGCGGCCGGGGGGGCUGGCUCCCUCAGACCGGCAGCUGCUGCUCUUCUACCUAGAGCAGUGUGAGUCCAACCUGACCACCCUGACCAACGCCGUGGACGCCUUCUUCACCGCUGUGGCCACCAAUCAACCCCCCAAAAUCUUCGUGGCCCACAGCAAGUUUGUCAUCCUCAGCGCCCACAAGCUGGUGUUCAUCGGCGACACCUUGUCCCGCCAGGCCAAGGCUCCGGACGUCCGGAGCCAGGUGACUCACUACAGCAACCUCCUGUGUGACAUGCUUAAGGAGAUUGUGGUGACCACCAAGACGGCCGCCCUGCAGUACCCCUCCCCCACAGCUGCCCAGGACAUGGUGGACCGCGUGAAGGAGCUGGGCCAGAGCACGCAGCAGUUCAGGCGGGUCCUGGGCCAGCUGGCCGCGGCCUGAGCAGAAGGGACCAUGUUGGGGGGGCGGGGGGUAGCUCUGGCUGUUUGGUGACUGGGCCACAGACUGUAAAUGACUUUGUACAUAUUUAAAAAGAAACAAACCACAGCAACCAAGAGGCCUGACUCAGGGAGGCCUGAAGAGAGACUGAAUCUCCUACCCAGCCCUCCCUCUCUCCUCUUCCCCCACCCCCCCACCUUUCCCCCUCCUGCCUGCCCACCCCCCCUCCUUCCCUUCCUCUCCCCUGACACCAGAAGGCACAGGCUCCCCCAGCUCCAGUGUGAACCAUACUGUGUUCUGCGUGGCUGGGCUGGAGCAGAGAAAAAACACUAAAGAACUAUUUUUCAUUAUUGAUUUUCCAAUCAUUUGACUAAUGGUCUACAUUUAAAUAAAAAAAACCCCUAAAACUAAAA